UCAAGUUCAAGAGUGGCCACGCGGCCCGAAGACAGGCAGAAUAGCAGCAGCCCUCGCCUCGAGCGCACGCGAAAAACGUUUCCAACGAACGCCGGAGUUUCAAAUACACGAGUGUUUUCAAAUUUCGAACCGAUUUGAAUUUUGAAUCAGUGAUUUUGAUUUUUUUUUUCAACUCAGCCAGCCAGUUCGCCGACCGGUCAGCCAUGCGGAACCUCUUAAGGGUAUCGGCAUUCCUGCUACUAGUCGCGGCGACAUGCUGCGUCCCCGCCCCGGCCUUCCGGCGCGACAACAGCCUCACGGUCGACGAUAAGAAAGAACAGACCACACACGAGCUGCUCAGCUCGCUAGGCCUCAAGAAACUCAUGGUGCCCGCCGCCCACCACAGGAAACGGGUCGCCGAACAAGGCAGGCGGCACGCCACGGGAGACUCCAGAAUGUUCGUCAUUAAACUACCGCCGAACACCAGCUAUUACACCCACGCUGACCCCGCUCCAGCCGCAGCCAGAACCCUACCCCUUCAAAUGACAGGCAACGGCAAACCAGCUCGAGUAUACCACUGGAACCUCCCUGUGCUCCAAAAACUAGUAAAGGACAGACCACAGGCACGGUUUGAUGACGACGUCGUCGACGUCGAAAGCACGCCGACGUGGCCCAAAGGCAUGAAUAAUCAUCCCAACUCAUUAGACUCUUUGGCGUACUAUGUUCCCGACAAGAAAACCUCGUUCAGGAAAUACUUCUCAGGAAACGGGAAGCCCAAGUCGUUCUACGUCCUGCAGAAAAACAAGAAUUCGGCGCAGUACCACAGACUACUGCCAUAAUUCGCUGAUUUAUCUAUUUUUAAAAUAGGUGAAAACGGAUGAAACUGAACGCGUCUACAAUGUAGACGUUUGCUAGUGUCAUGCGUUUUAAUAAAUAUGUUUUAAUUUAUCAAGGAUAAACAUAAUAACAAGAUAUCAUCAAUCCAAUUUCGAAAAUGAACAAUUAUUAUAUUUUUUUUAGAAAGCAAAAAAGCAGUUGUUUUGGAACGCUUCCUUAUGUUCUGCGUGCAAAAUAAUGAAGUACUUAUGUGUUUUAUUUAUUGCCGUCGUUACAAAUUUAACGUUGGUGCAAUAAAACGUUAUUUGCACUAAUUUUGCCCUACAAACAGCCUUUCUCUAAACACGCCUAGUAAUUUAUAUUAACUGUUUUCUAAGUUGCCCACAAUUAAAUAGCGAUUUGUAACUCGCCGCGCUGGUUGGGAAAACUGUCAUUUACUAGCUUAUCGCCCGUUUAGCUCUCAACAGACCCAAUAAAUUAUACUAGAUCAAUAUUAGCUUCCAUAUUUUGCAUCAACGAGAGAUAAUUGCAUUAUUUAUGGGCAGAUUAGACAGACCGACUUGAAUGACAAUGAGCUUUUAAGAUUUUAUCUUCUUUAGCAAAAUUCACGUAUACAUAAUAAAAUGCAGAUAUCAUUUUCAUAACAGUAUGUUCCAAACAGUGGGCAGAGGUUACUACUAAUCAUGCUACUAAUUCAUUUCACAUGUAGGUGGUAUACAGAUUUGGAACUUGUUUCAAAACGUUCCCAACUUCCCAUGAGCCUAGCCAAGAUGACAAACGCCAAUCGAAACACUUAAAUAAUUAUGUCACUUUUCGUAGAAUCAGAAUCAGAAAUCAGAAAUUUAUUUGUAUAACAUAGGUAAUAAAUACAGGUGGUACUUUUUAUACAUUUCGAUCACUAUGUUUAUCCACAAAUGCGGAUGUACAAAAAACAAGUACCUACCUAUCUAUUUUUUUUUCGUUUGGCAGUUGGCGAUGUACGAUUAUCAUCUCUUAUGUUACCUACGUGUUGUUUUCUUCUUUUAUUUUGCCUCUAAUAAACGCUCUCUAUUCUAUCUAGCCUAGGCUCACAUUCCGUUAUAUUUCAAUAUUCUUUUCUUACUUUAUACAAACGCAAUGGUAAAUCAAUUAAAGUUGUAACACACGCCAGCUCAUUUAUUGCAGAGGCCUUAAUAAAGAUAAUCCAGUAUGUUGAUAUAACUUUAAUGCACUCGAUUAAAUAAACGACUUGGCUGAGUUCUUCCUGUGAUCGACACUAAUAAUCAGGAGAAGACCGGGUUUUAUCAAACCCGAUAAAACCCGGGUUUUAGAGCGAGCUUUAUCAAACCAACUACAUAUACUAAUAUGUAGUUGGUUUGAUAAAGCUCGCUCUUUAUGGAGUUUUACAGCUUGCCUUAUGCUAACUUCAUUUCAUUUUCAUUUUAAUCUCGUAAGGUCUUAUCUAUUUUUUAUCCGAAAUAAAAAUAACAACCUUGUGGUUGAUGAUCCCUAAGAGAUUUAGUAAAAAUAUAAACCCAUAAAAUUGGGUGCUAAUCAACUAUAAUUAUGAUGUGAAUUUUUGUAUUAAGUAUUACGUGAUUUUGCGAAAAUUUAUUUCCGAAAAAAUAUUUAUUAUGAACAGUGCAAAACCUUUUGUAAGUAGGUACCUACUUGUAUCGACUACUCGUAUAAAAAUGUGCAUGUGCGCAUGUAGCUUAAACAUCAUUGCCUGUAAAACUCAAUGAUACAAUCAUAGAUGAUUAAUUUAUUAUUCUACUAACCCAGUGUUACUCUAUUGUAAAUAAAAACAAACAGGGCCUCAAUUCGACAAGCUCAUUUGCCGUAUGGCAUGUUGCAUGUCGAAUAGGAGCCGUGAAUUAUUAAUUAUUGUAAAAUAGAUUUAAGAUAAAUAGGUGCUUAGUUGUGUUAGUAAGGUAAGACUGCUCCACGAAUUUAAAAUAUUUAGGUUAGUAUACCUAUGUAAUAUACGCUACUAGGACUAGAAACAUAAAAUCUUAAAGAAAUUAAGAUUGUAUAUUCCCAUUUCAUACCGAAAGCAAGGGGCCUACCGCAUACUACGAAAACAUUAAAAUGCUUGUAUUUUGAUCUCUCAAAUCUAAGGGCGAUAUGAAUGCAAGAGUGAUAGAGACCCAGAAAUUUUUAUUUUAAUUUUACCGGUAGCCCGCAAGUUUAGUAAAGAGUGCAGUUUAAUUUUGUCCACAAUAUUCAUAUGAUUCAUAACAACCGGGCAGCAUUUAUACAGAGAACUCGAACUCGAACUCGGAGAGGCACGUACAAAGUGAGCCCACAUACGUAACGUAUGCAAUGAGUUAUGAAAAUUGUAAGCUUGUGAAAUUUGUAAGCUUGGAUGGAAACAUGCUUGUCAUAUCUGCAGCGCAACGCAUGGCAAGUAUGUUUCCAAGCAUAUAAAUUCCGAUUAUCAUAUCGCAUAUUAGGUAUGUGGACUCCGUGUCUCUGCCUUUAGGUUGCACCAAAUCGUCUGUCACCUCUAAAAUAUUUGCUAAAUUUUAUUACAGAUGUAGACAGGUACAUAGUGCAUAAUAUUCCAUCGUAUUUUCACGGAAAUGUACGAACGAGUCUUGCUAUUUCAGUCAGUCUCGGUACAAAAAGUACUAACGUUCACUGAAGUAGCAUGACAAAUACGAACGUUUCCGAGAAAAUACGAUGGAAAACAAUUAUGCACAUCUGUAUAAAUAUUAUGAGGAGUUUCAUUAGUCUUCUGCUGACGACGUUAAUCACUUUAACCAGUCAAUUUUAUUGUAGUUGGUGCAACUGGCCCUAUUUUUUAUGCUCAUAAAAAAUCAGUCAUUUAACCAAUUAAAUACGGUAAACAUUUCUUCCUAGAUUUUGCAUUUAUUAUCUAUGUAAGUAAAAGACUCGAUAAUCAUUUAACCCAUGCUUACGUACAAUCGAAGUAUGUAGGUAUUUAAAAAUAUUAAGGUACUAUAGUAGCUUACGCUUUAAAUUAUUUAUUAAGUAAUAAGGCAAUAAUAUAAGUCGUUAUACUUUAAUAACAUUUUUAUGUACAACAUUCUUUUCUACGGCUAAUAAAAUAUUUUAUUGAA